GCGUCACCUAUUUUAUAUUAUCAUUGUAGCUAUGUUACUACUGUUUAAACUAUAUGGUAGGCUAGUGACAAGCAUCAUUAAAAAAAAACAGUCUGAGGCUUCGACAUGCAUGCACAUGUUGGACCAUAACUGAUGACUCAAGGCAUUCUGUUCUGUCCGACCGAUUGCUGUAUCGCGUUGCUAGAUUAACGUUGACUAUUGAAUUCACUGAAGGGCAUUAAGAGUACUCUGGUGGCCCGCUCCUCCUCCAUGCCCUCAUCUCCUGCUGGACCAACUGACGUCUGAAUCCCCUGCUGCUGUUCAGGUUGGGGCAUGUUGAGUGGUUCCUCAUCCAGGUCUGAGUGAAAACUCAUUCAACAGUCAUCCCCACUAAGGUUCACGUUGAAAAGUUGGGUUAUUUUUCCGUUUAAGAAUCCCUCUUCUCACAGUCUGGGCACCAUGGGGACCAGUGGUUAUCGGUACUACCGUGCAACCAUUUUUCUCUCAAUGUUUGUGGGAUACGCUUUGUACUACUUUAGCAGAAAAACAUUCUCUUUUGUGAUGCCCUCGGUUAUGGAGGAGAUUGAACUUGACAAAGAUGACCUUGGUUUAAUCAUCAGCAGCCAGACAUUGGCCUAUGCAAUCAGCAAAUUCAUCAGUGGAGUUCUUUCUGACAAAAUAAGCGCUCGCUGGCUUUUCUCAAGUGGACUAUUCAUAGUUGGAGUAAUCAAUGUGUUUUUCUCAUGGUCCUCCACAGUAGCUGUCUUUACAGUGCUGUGGUUUGUGAAUGGCCUUGGCCAAGGAUUUGGUUGGCCACCAUGUGGAAAAGUACUUCGGAAGUGGUUUGAGCCAUCUCAGUUUGGAACAUGGUGGGCUGUUCUAUCCUGCAGUAUGAAUCUGGCAGGGGGAGUGGGCCCCAUCAUCACCACCGUGUUGCUUCAAUACUACAACUGGCGGGUGGUUCUCGUUAUGUCUGGUGUAAUCUGCAUGGCCAUGGCUGCUCUUUGUCUUCUGUUUGUGAAGAAUGAGCCAAGUGAUGUGGGCCUUCAAAACAUUGAGCCUGGUGCCAAAAAAGGUACUCCUAUUGACGAGAGCACCCUCAAACAAUUUCUUAUGUCACCUUAUCUGUGGGUUUUAUCCUUGGGCUACUUGGUUGUAUUUGGUGCGAAGAUAGCAUGCACUGACUGGGGACAGCUCUUCCUCAUCCAAGAAAAAGGACAGUCAGUACUGAUGGGAAGUUCUUAUAUGAGUGCCCUGGAGGUGGGUGGAUUUCUUGGCAGCCUUGCAGCUGGUUUUCUGUCUGACAGAGCUGUUGCCCGGUAUGGACUAAGUGUUCAUGGUAGUCCCAGACAUGGUCUUUUGCUCUCAAUGAUGACUGGGAUGUAUGUAUCCAUGUACCUCUUCCGAGUGACAAUCACACCAGAGACCCCCAAAGAUGAUGUUCUCUGGGUUGUGGCUCUUCAUCCCAUCUCUGUUCUCAUCGGUCUGUCUGAAAAAGAGAUUUGGAUACUUAUCCUUGGAGCUGCCUUUGGAUUUUCUUCUUAUGGACCAAUUGCCCUAUUUGGAGUGAUUGCAAGUGAAUCUGCACCAUCAAAUUUCUGUGGAACUUCACAUGCUAUUGUUGCUUUGAUGGCCAAUGUUGGUGCAUUCUUGGCUGGUCUUCCAUUUAGCACCAUUGCUAAACACUACAACUGGGACACGGCAUUCUGGGUUGCAGAAAUCACUUGUGCUGUAACAACGGUGUGCUUCUUCCUUGUACGUAAUAUGCAGACAAAAAUGGGACAUAUAGUCAAAAAACAGGAUUAAUGUUCAAAUCGACAGCCUUUAUUACAACCCAUGCGAAGUGAGUGGGUCAAGUAUUGGUAAAAUACUGUUGUUAUUUGAGCAAACCACUGGCAACGUAUUAUAAUUUUGUUUGACACAAUAGACCUUUCACACAACUUCCGUAUUUUUGGCCAGAAAUUGGAAAUCUCACCAACAUAAUGCUUUAGUAAGGCAGUUUAUAUCCUCUAUACUAUACAUAGUACAUUAUGUCUAAAUGGACACGCUAAUGAUUUGUCAUUCUAGUUAACAGUUCAGUAACAGUUAGCCUGAUGCUUAUGGAAAAAUUCCUUGUGGAAAAAUGUUUACCCUUAAUUGAUUUUUUUCGUUUUGGUUUUUGAGUUUUCCCUCCACGAGUCUUGUAACAUCGGCAA